AUGACGACAAUCGACGAGUUAGAAGAGAUGGAAUUUGUUAAUUGGGAUGGUGCCGUUGUCGGCACCGGCUCCGAGCCUGUAGUCACUUCGGAGGGCGUAACAGGUUCUAUUGAUGCUGAUGCAGCAGCCGCAGCCGCAGCCGCAGCAUUGGUGAACCAACCCAAUAUGGAUCUCGUCUUUGGGGACGUCGAGGGAGAUGACUGGUCUUACUGGGCUCUUGAACACUUCGAGUCCACUCAGAUACCUCAGGAGGCCGAUUCGGUAGUGCCGCCGGAGACAAUAUCUUAUGCCGACACGCAGCUUUACUGGGAAGUACCCGCCGUUCCCUGCACGCAUUGUGCAAUGGGAGGUUAUCAAUGCAAGCAAAUUAGAGAAGGUAAAUAUAAGGGCUAUUGCACGAGCUGUGUGGCCCUGCGUUGUGAGUGCAGCUUCGGUCCCCAAGAACAUAACUUGACUGCCGAGGCCGGGGCGACUUUUCCUGCGAACCCCUGGCCGGUCAUGGGCGAUAGACCAGAGACAUCUAUCCUACUUGAGGAUGAAUUAGCUGCAAUGAUUACUUCGCCGCCGUCUGCCCCUGGCUUAGUUGCAGUUGCAGACCACAGUCAAUCACAGUCAAAGCCGCCGACUACGACUAAAAGUGGUACAAGGUUUUCCCGCGAGUCAGUGAAAAUUCUGAAAAACUGGGUAUCGACGCAUAGCAGACACCCAUAUCCUACAGAAGAAGAGAAAGAAGGUCUGCAGAAGAUAACUGGCCUUAGCAAGACACAGAUUACGAACUGGUUAGCAAAUGCCCGCCGUCGUGGAAAGAUCCAGCCGAACCGAGCGACAUCCCCCCAUAUUGGCCGAGGAUAUGUCCAAGCCAUCGAUAUUCCACAGCGGAGAGGCACGCCAGCGUUAUUCGAAAACAUGAACCCAUUGCAGCGAUGGGCGAAUUCUCCACCGGAAAACGAACCCGCGUCCGUGGCCGCCAUUGCCAAAGCCGUGUCAGACUCCAAUUCAUAUUCGCAAACCUCCGGAUCGGGUCGCAACAGUCCCUACGUCUCUAACUAUUCAGAUGAUGGAUCAAGUAGGUCGCUGUGCAAUCAAUCGUCUGCUAGCAGUUUAGGUACCUCUCACUCGAGUGGAGGUUCUUUCGCCUCUGCAUAUUCCAGCAAGUCGCGUGGUUCCUUCGGUUCGUUAUCGUCCUUCGUCCGAACUCGAGGCCGUCGUCGUCGCCGCCGAGCCCCACCGGUACGAGCCGACGAAAGCCUCAACCAGCCGCUCAAGACUUUCCAGUGCACGUUCUGUACUGAAACUUUCAGAACUAAACACGACUGGCAACGACACGAGAAAUCGUUGCAUUUAUCCCUCGAGCGAUGGAUCUGCUCUCCGGACGGACCGAGGACUCUAAACCCGGAAAACGGUAUGAUGAGUUGCGUCUUUUGCGGCGAAGCGAAUCCAGAUGACUGCCACAUGGAAUCUCAUAACUUCUCGGGGUGUACCGAGCGGGCGAUGGAAGAGAGGACAUUCUACAGGAAGGAUCAUCUUCGACAGCAUCUUAAACUCGUGCACAACGUCAAGUUUCUUCCCUGGGCGAUGGACAAGUGGCGGGUGGCUUCUCCCGAAAUCAGGUCGCGAUGUGGUUUCUGCGGUGUCGUACUGGAUAGCUGGACAAUCCGAGUAGACCACCUGGCCGAACACUUCAAAACCGGUAACACUAUGGCUGACUGGAAGGGUGACUGGGGUUUCGAAGCCCCCGUGCUUGAGAUGGUUGAAAACUCUAUUCCACCUUAUUUGAUUCACGACGAGAGGAACACCCCUCUACCUUAUAAGGCGAGCAGUAGCCCUCAGGCGACCCCGAUUAAUGCUUACGAGCUACUGAAAUGGGAGCUUCAGCAUUGGGUUAAAACGUUCACUACAGAUACAGGAAGAGCGCCGACGGAUGCCGAGAUGCAACUUGAAGCUUGUACUAUUCUUUUCGGAGCCGAGGCUCAGACGAUGAACUUCCAGCAACCUCGUUGGGAAGCCUCGUCUUGGCUACGUGACCUUAUAGUAUCUUCGGAGGAGUUGUCUCGAAACGCUGCGUUCCGGCCGAUCCAUAACCAAGCGGACAACCGACUAACUUCGCUACGUAUCAACGGCAAGGACAGUAUCUUCGAAAACUGCGAGUUCGAGAGGCAGAUGCAGGAUUUUGUCAAGGCGAAGCAGCUACUGGGCCUAACGGCCAUGGAUCACGAACUUCAGGUCGAAGCUUGUCGUAUCAUCGGUAGGAUGGAAGAGAAGUCUAGCCACCCAACGGAAGACAUAGCCAACUGGCUGUUGCGACUGAUAUACGGUUCUACAACCUGGCUUGAGAACUUUAGGCAACGGGCGCAUCUUCCGCGUAGCGAGGACGUCGGGGACCUUAACUUGAGGUCGAAAGACCCUAAAACGAUCGACUCUACUAUUCACAACUACAGUAGAUUGGAACGGGAGCUGGCUGAAUACCUCGAGGGACAAAGGACAAUGGGUGUCGAGCCUCAAGAUGCCGACCUCCAGCGGGAGGCCCGCGUCAUUAUCUACGACACGGACGACGAAUGGAACCAGACAGCUGCAGAUGAUAAGGAGUGGCUUGACCGCUUCCGAAAGCGACAUCCACCCGAUGGUACCGCUACGACAUCUACAUCAAGUGUUUCUCCUCCCGAGCAAAGGCCAUCGCCGUCCCAAAACCAACCGGCUAUUAGGGACUCGCAAUAUGUCGGACCGCUCCUCAACUUCAACGACCUACCAUCCUGUCAUAACCGACCCGCGCCAGCAGGAGGAGGAGGAGGAGGUAAUGGUCCCAGCAACUCUAUCAAGACCGGACCCUUCUUCCUCAACGACGCAAACUGCUACCACCGCCUGGCUCGGGGCCUUAGCCGCUUCGUAGCAUCGACCAUGUCGCCCAAUAACCCAAACUGCCAUGUGCCAACCGACGAGGAGAUUCGGUACCAAGCCCGGUGGCUAAUCUACGACGAUGAUGACCCCUGGAACCAGACCGCAGCCGACAACUUCGAGUGGCUGCAGCGCUUCAAGCGGGACGUGGGGAUCCUGCCGGCGGACACCGGGCCGGGGCUCGGCAGCCUCAAGGACGUGGCGUGGGCGCCCAGCUCGGGCGGGACGGGCUUCGCGCCGCCGUACGUGGCGCCGAACCCGGCGGCGACGAUGGAGCCCCUGAACGCGAACCCGACGAUCGUGCUGCGUGACGCGCGGCCGUUCGAGCCCGCAGCCAGCACGGCGAACCGCUUCCUGCGCUCCUUCACCCGGCGCUACCCGGCGCCCGCCAAGGUCUUCUGCAGCCGCGAGCUCGAGACCGGGCUGACCGAGUACGUGCGGCGCGAGGUAUCGCUCACGGGCGCCUUCCCCUCCGACGACCGCCUGCGCGAGCGCGCCCGCCAGAUCAUGGCCAUGCAGAAGACCAGCUGCGACGACCCCGUGCUGCUCGAGCGCUUCAAGGCCUCCGUGCAGAGCGCCGGCCUGCAAAACCCAGACCAAGACCAAGGCCAAAACCAUACUUCUUUCCCAUCUUCUUCUUCUUUUUCAUCUUCUUCUGCUUCGAACAGAGCGCGCGUGCCGGAUCCCGGGCCCCUAACCCCCGGCGUGGCGGCCGAUCUCGCGACGGUUACCGCGGGCGCGAAUCCCAGCGCCUCCGAUGCCGCGCUGUCGAUGCUGCCGGAGGACAUGGAGAUGGACUUCCAGUUCACGGAGCAGGAGAUGAACGACAUGCUGCAGGAGGUGAGUUCCGACCUGGACGGCGGCGCGCCGCUCAACCAGAGCCCCCUGGACGGCAUUCACACCGGCACCGGCACCCCCGGCUCGGGCUUCCACAUUUAA